CACACAGCGCUCUGUACAUUCUUCUGCAUCUGCAACAGAGAGAGAGAGAGAGAGAGAGAGAGAGAGAGAGAGAGAGAGAGAGAGAGAGAGAGAGAGAGAGAGAGAGAGAGAGAGAGAGAACACCGCGCAACGGCAACCUGACACACGCGUCCUCCGUCACAACGAACGGAAACUUAGAUUGUUGACGGUGAAACAGAUGGAAAGGUCCUGGAGAUGAUGUCCCUGUCCUUGGUGAUGGAUUCGUCUUCCAACAUAUUCAGCUAUGCUGUCCUUGUGCUCGUCUCCUUAUAGAUCCGAUCCUAAUUUCUUCUCAAGUACUUCUGCUCUACUACAGCUGUUUGUGAUUGAACACUUGGAUCCGUCUGAUCAACAGCGAAGGAACCAGGGCGCAUUGUUUCCAUUCACAUUAUUUUAAAGGACUUCCAGAUCAUACAGGAUCCGCGAUGUCUGACACGUACAUAUUAUUCAUAUUGCUGUUGAGCUUGCUCUCGGCCAGGGCUCAGACCGAGAUGAAGCAGGUUGUUGGGGACAAUGCCACGUUGCCUUGCCAUCACCAGUUCUGGCAGUCGAACGGGCAGACGCUGGACAUUGAAUGGCUCCUUCAGAAACCCAACAUCAAACAGCGUGUGAUUAUCACAUUCUUCAACAAUGAGGUAUACACUAACGACAACCCUGUCAGUCGCCUGUCCUUUGCGGGCGACUACCUGAACGGAGAUGCCUCUCUCCUGAUCAGCGAUCUGCAGCUGACAGACUCUGGAGAAUACCAUUGCAAGGUCAAGACCGGAGGCAAAUACCACUGGAGCCAAGUCAACCUCAUUGUGCUGGUGAAGCCCUCGAAGCCCAGAUGCUGGAUGGAGGGCCGGCUGCUGGAAAGCAGUGAUGUGAAGCUCAGCUGUAAGUCUUCAGAUGGAUCUGACCCCAUCCACUACAAAUGGGAGCGAGUGCUAGAUAAGGGCAAGAGUGUUGGAAAACUACCUCCCUUUGCCCUCAUCGAUCUGAAGAAUCCAGAGAUUGUGACCUUGAGAAACUUAACACAGGACAGCUCAGGGGUCUACAAGUGCACUGCCAGCAACGAUGUAGGAGAGGAGAACUGCAUCAUCGAGGUCACAAUGCAAUAUGUGCGGGGAAUGGGUGUGGUGGCUGGUGCAGUGGUGGGUGUCUCCUUUGGCGUUUUGCUCAUCAUUCUCAUCAUAUGGCUCGUCUUCCGCAAGAAAGAGAAAAAGAAAUACGAGGAGGAGGAGACACCUAAUGAGAUCAGGGAGGAUGCAGAAGCUCCCAAAGCCAAGUUGGUGAAGCCCAACUCUCUCUCCUCAUCUCGCUCUGGCAGCUCCCGCUCCGGUGCUUCCUCUACACAAUCCAUGGUGCACAACAGCGGCCCUCGAUGCCAACGCCCACGGCCACCUGCCGUCAAUGCCCUUAAGGAGAACGGACAGCCCCAUGGGUUUCCCCAGUCUCCCCCAUCCUACACACAGGCGGUGACCAAGACCCCAGAACCUCCUGUCACCCCAAAAUUCAGACCCCCCAACCCACCAGUGGGCUUGACUAUCCCAACGGGAGUCAUUGUGCCCACCCAAAGUAAAGCCUUUCAGACAGUGUAGAAAGAAGUGUAAAGGAAUUCUGUAUAGGAAACUUGCAGUGACUCUUCUUAAAGUUACAACUUCAAUUGAAUAAGAAAAAGAAAAAAAACACUUAAACAAUAACAUAAAAGCAUACUUAAAUGAUGUAAGUUGAAAUAAAAUCAAUCAUAUUAAAGCUAAAAUGUUGAAUGCAUAUUUACAAGAGACAAAUACCAAUUGCUUGCCCCCUUCUGAAGUUUUACAAGAACAAAGAGUAGAACUGAAAAACAAAAAUAUUUGGUCUCAUUCUUCUUCUUUUUUUCUGGAUCUCAUAGUGCAGACUGACCUUUUAUAAUGUUAUUAUUUUUUCUUGGUCUUUUUGAACUCUUGAAGGAUUUGGAAGCUUUGUGGGCGAUGGGGUAGAAAGAUUUCCCCAAGUGCAGUUUAUUUAUUUAUUGAAUCAGAGAGGCUAAAGGACCAAGGGCAUGCUGGGUUUAUGAAGCAAUGAUGGAGAGGGGUUGAAGGAACAGCCAGCAUCUAAAGAUAAAUGAACAAUAUUAUCUGAGAGCCUGUUGAUAGAGGUUGGGUAUCUCUUGGAAAAUGGACUGUUUAUAAAGAUAUCCAGUCCAUCUCAUUCAAAAUGUUCCCAAAAAGUCACCCUUUCACAAAUGCAAUGCUACCAUCGGCCUCCCAGACAUGAAAAUCUAAAGCAAUUGUGUUAUAGGCUUAACGACCCAUCAAAAAGAAGAAAACGUGGAAUGUUUUGAAAGGAUGACUCCCGAUGGACAUUCCAGCAAAUAAAGAUGUAAAUGAUAUGCGUAUGAGGCUUGGCGGCACAGAGAGACUUUCAGUUAUUUAUUGUAUACCACACUAUAGGGCAAAUUCACUAAAUUGGUGCAGCACAUUUGUGUGCAAUAUUUCGGCACAAAAACCUGUCUUAUUUAAUAAGUCCCCACAAACCAGUUUAACCAGGCACCAUAUGUUCUAGUACUGGGCUGUGCCAUUCAAAUUAAGUCAAUGAGCACAUUUGCAUGCACACCAAUAUGCUGGUAACUACCAAGAAUCAGCUUACUCAAAAAAUCUGACAACACAAGUGUGAUGAGGGCAACACAAGUGUGGAGGGCAUGACGCACGUCUGGCACUGAAUUGUCCUUAUCAGCCGAGAGGGGGAUAAAGAUGAGCCGGGGGCACCAGUUAGAGAGAGAGAGUGACACACGUGGCCACUGUGUGUGUGUGUGUGUUUCCAUGUGUUUAUGUUUCAUGACAUUUAUUUAUAUAAUUAAAAGUUGCGUUGCGGUUCAGCCGGAUCCCGCCUCCUCCUUGCCCAUGCUGUGAAACCCGUAACAGCAAGAAUACAGUGUUUACAUGAGACUGUAAAGCAUUAAAUGAUUCGAUGCUUUUGACAUCAAAACGAAAAGAGGCAUGCGCACAACACCUGCGUACAUUGGGUAAGUCGGUAAAAAUGCUGGUAAAGGUGUUUAUAUGCAACACAAAAUCUGGGUAAUAGGCAGAUAUCUAUGUGUGCCAAUAAUUUUUGCUUAAACCAUUAAUGACCUUAUGGCCCAUAUUCCAUGUGAGUGCCAUUUAAGGUGUUGACAUGACCACAGACGUUGUCAGCUUAUUAAGCUUAAUUGGUGCAAGAUUGUGCAUGUAAGCACCCUUACUGUCAUACUUUUAUGCGCAAACGCAUUUGACAAAACUCAGCACUAUUUGCUUGGUGCAGUUAAGUUGUGCACAUCAUGGAAGUCUGCUGCAUCCUCAAAUAGCACUGUGAAAACUGUGUUCGCAAUUUAUUUUAAGUUCUUUAGUGAAUUUGGAGCUAAAACAACACAAACAGCAUGUGCAAAUAAAUGACGCUAUCAGCGGGCACAAUACAUUCUUAGCUAAUUAUUAGAAAAUACAUUCUGUGGUCUGGGAUUGGAUGUCAUCCUCACCAUUUGAUGGACAGUUGUGCUUUAGUUUGAAUUGCAUACUGAAUUGUAUAUUUUUACAGCUUUACUUACAAUGGUACUGAAACCUAAAUCUGUCACGAAUACGUUGAAUGUGUAUAAGACAAAGAUAGAUAUUGCUUUUAUUUAUUUAUUAUUUCUUUUAGAAUUCCCAGUGGUACUACAUGAUUGCAUAUGAAGCACAAGUAACUUUUAAAUAUAAUCUCACAGUACUGUGGAUAAGUAAUCAAAAGGGAAUGAUAUAGCAGGGACUUAUGUACAGAGCUUGUGUGAAUGUGUGCAAAUUAAUGCGUAUGUUAUUGUGUGCACUGCAGGUGCAAAUUUGUGUAUGCACCAAGGUACUCUACUUCUAGUUUGUGUAUGCACCAAGAUACUGUCAUGAGGCUUUCCUAGGACCCCCUUAACAUCAGGCUGUCUGAACCAUGAUGAAAAGACCAACUGAGCCCAGCAUAAAUUUCUAUGCUGUUUCAAGGUGGUUUUGUCCUGUUUGCUGGUGGACAACAUAUCCAACAUCCAAAGCUGUCCAUAAGCUGGUGACAAGCAAUGCUGGUGUUUUCAGCUGGGAAGAUGGCUGCCUCUUUGUGUCAGUCGCCCUGAGGCUUCCUCGAACAAGCGCAGUCAGAAUCUCUCCAUUAGUGGUUUCUCUAUCGCUAUAUGACUUUUUAAAUGGACAAGUUGCCUGUUUUGUGUGCCUUCACAGUAUUUUUCCCCCCUGAGAUAGUUUUUCCUGUUCAGUACCUUCUUCACAAUGUACCAGAUGAAAAAUUGAUGUGUCUUGGAAGCCAUGUUUAAAGCGACCCCUUUGAAAUCCCAUCAGUGGAGGGAGAACGCUCUGGCAGAAAGAGGCAGUCAAACGCCACCACACAAAUAAUGUACACUCUGUAGUCAUGAUGCUGUUUUAUAUUGUAUAUACAGAUAAAUAUACGCACACAAUAUCCUUUUAGUUAUCAGUUGAAGACUGGAGUUAGGUCAUAAUUAAGAUGUAGAUGUGGUAUUAAGCAUUUUCAGAGAGUAAUAAUUGGUAAUUGUCAUUGUACCCCUUGACCUGCUAAGCUCCUUUUAAUAAUUAGAAUCACUUAUUUUUAGUAGCAAUUUAUAUAUCUGCCAUUGAUGGACCUUAAAAAUGUUUAAGAGAGGAAAAGCUAUAAGCAGGCCCAGAUAAAAUAUGCAAAUAUUUCCCAUAUUUCUUUUACUGCUUUGGGGGAGAAAUCCGUGGAAUAAAUUUGAACAUGAUUCAAGUUCAGUCAUAAAACUCCACAUGUUGCAAGCUGAUUUGUCCUUUAAACAUGCUCUUAGCCAAUCGACUCGCAUACUCCAGGACCCUAACUGAUAGGCCAUUUGAUAUGUAAUCUGUAAGCCAAUCAACUUGUGCCCUCUCUCUUUGUCUAACAUUUAAAUAGCCUUAGUUGUUUGCAGGUUAGCUGGUCUCACUUUAGUGCUCUGCAAGAGUUUUCUCUCUGAAAUCCUCCUCCUCCCCAGCACCACUGUCUAGAGCUAGGGGAGUUUAUAUAUGUGUAAUUGUCAUGCAGCAGCAUUGCUUACGUUCUAGCGGUAGCAAGUCUUCGUACUUGCUCUGCAGCAGCAUAAACAGGUCUGUUCCACCAAGACCAAAUUUAAGAGCUUCUCAUUACCAAACAACACCUACAAUUUAUUCUUAGAGUUGUCAAAACUGUAAUAGAAAAACAUGUUAACCUUUUCGCACAAGUUUCUCACGUACUAAUGGAUCUCCCAGCAUGAGUUUUUUAAUGUGCACUGUAAUUAAAAUAAAUCUUACCUCACACUUCACAGCAGAUGCACUGGAGGACAGAUUAUAUCACAGCGGGUGCACUGAAGGUCAGAUUAUAUAUUACCAAACAUAUUUUGUGGUUUUUGAUUUUAUAAUGAUUGUUUAUGAUAGAUAAAAUGCAACCGUGAAUUGUAUUGUCAUAUAACAAUACAAAAGGAGGUUCUAAAAACCUAGCCCUUCCAUUGCCCAGCCCCAGAAGUGGUUGUGACGGACGGAGUGGGAGAAGGCUUGAGUAGACUGACUAGUUUGUAUAUUCUUUGACGUCAGAAAACAUGGCCGCAGCGCUGCAUCUAAACUGUGUGCUCCAACAGUAAAAGCUUUAUAUACUUUUGUUUAGUGAUUGUUUUAAAGUUUGUAACAUAUAAAAAUAAAGAUAUUGUGAUGUUGAAAAGACAAUUUCAGCGGCUGAUUCAUUAUGACAACCGCUUCAGUCACUAUGACAACUGAUUUAGCUGAUAAACGUCAGCAUGAAUGCAGAUCACACUGGUUUGAACGUGCGAGCCCAGCCUAGUCUAAUUACACCAGUUUAAUCAUAUGUGUGAAAGGGUUAAACAUUACUGAGAGUAAAACAUCUUAUUGCCAGCUGAAAGCAUUAAAAUAUUAAAUAAACAAAUAUGCAAGGGGAUGUGAAGGAUGGGUGUUCCAAUUCUGUGGAAAUCUGCUUGCAUAUUCUGUGUGUGUCUAGCCAUAAUAGGUGUGGAAGCAAAUAAAUGACGCAAUUACCCAACUGUGCAGAUCCAAACGGCCUUUUCAGUUUUCAGGAUUUUGAUUACUUCCAGUGGCACAUUUCCACAAGCACAUGUGUCAAGUAGAAGACACAUUGUUCAUCAUUCUUAUUGGGUUGCAGUAAUGAUGGACUCUGUAAUGUAUCCGAGUGCUGAUUCAAUGGCUUUCUGUUACCUGCCCCUAUGAUUGUAUUUGCUACACACACACACACACAGAUACACUGCUUCCCAUGGGUACACAAACACAAGAAGGAUACCACAACCACAUAAAAAGAGACACAAAAUCUGGAGCCACGAGCCGAUGUAGGCAUUAUUGUUUUGUGAAGUGUUGUCAGUAAGUGUGAUGGAUGGGCUGUCACCCAGAGUGAGGAGUGAAUGAUGGGACUCAGAAGGAGAACACAGGCAGAGUUCUAUGCAUCCAAACCCCACAGAGCCUCUCCAAAUACACUUACCCCCAAAUCAAGAACAAAUAUGAUGUGCGUUUAGGUGUGUGGAGUUACCAAGAUGCUUUUCCAGCACCCCUUAUGUUAAGUGAUCACAAUAUUGUUUUCACAUUGUACCAGUAACUCUUUUCAUUCAAUAGUUCCUAGUGAGGUGCCUUGCUGUCUAUUGCAUACAUAGGCAGCUGGCUUCAUGGAAAUGGAAGUUGGAACAUUAUACAUUGGUAACAAUUCUGUUCAUCAUACAAAUGGCACUUAGCAUGUUAUUAAACCAGUGAUACUUGAUAAACUAAAGGCCACAUCCACACUAAAAAGAAUUGAAUUCAGCAGUCAGUUAAUAUUUGACUCAUUAACUUGUGCCUUUAUCCUUUAACAUUUCAAGUGUUUUGGGACGUUGCAGCACCAAUUAUAGAGUACUAUCCAAGUGCAGCCCACUGUAUCGUCUGAAAAUUAGGAAAGCUGAUUGAAAGCAUGCCCCUCCCCAUCCAUUGUUCUGUUCUUUUGCUUCACUUUAGUUUGUUUUUAAGCUCUCUCUAGCAUCUUCUCUCCUCCCAUCAAAACAACCAACACUUUCUUACAGUUAAUCUUUAGUGGCUUUUAUUUCAACACUCCAAAAGAGCCGUUGUGGUAUUUAGACACCACCAGGGUACCCACUCCAAUAGCUGCCAAUACGUUCCGACCGAGUGCUCACAUUACUUAAGGAUAUUUUUUUGGAAUGGAAUUUAACCCAGGGAAAUUGUUAAUGGUCAAUGUGUUUUUGAAAUACUGCUCUAAUUUAAAAGACGUACUUGACUGUCUGUGUAGCCUCAAACCGAUCAUUUUUACUCAGGUUGGUUGUGAGAAAAAUUAUGUUUGAUGUCUGAAAAUGGCUCCUUUGACUCCUCUAAGAAACUGUAGUAGUAUGUGUUACUUUGAUAGGAGUAAAAAGGGAACAAUUUUCCAGUGGAAAAGCAAAGGAAUUGCAUGUUAUCGUCUACACGUCAGAUAUUGAAAAUGCUUCGAUUCUGUGUUCAUACCUGUAUUCAGCUAAAUAUGUAUGUGUAAAUAUGAUCUCUCUGUAUGUUUGAAAUAAUUUUUUAGGUUCAUAUCGCUUAUUAUCUUUUUUCCAUUUUUUUCUUGUUUCAUUUUCUGCGCUUUCCUCUGUUUUCUUUCUGUUUUUUGAACGUGGAGACGUAUAAUGGUAUAAUGGAAGUGAAAUUACUCAUGGUCUUUCUUUCACUGUUUUAGCUGUUGUGCUCAUUUUUAGUUUUCUGAACCAGUUUGUUAAUUUGGAAGAAGAUUCAUUCUUGUAAAUAUGUCCCACUAUAAUUAAAAAAAUGUAUAUUUUUACGGACUCUGAGUUAUUAAUACUUAAUUUGCAAAUAAAAUAUUCA